CACGAUCGACCUGCUUUCAUCCGUAUUGCAUGGCUUGGACAUGGCGCUGCCAUCGUCUGCUACACCGCGCAGCUUCCUGGACAUCCUGAACGUUUGCGAUAACUACCGAAUCAACUCAGACGAACCUCUCGCAACCUGGUGCCUCUCCCCCGAGCCAGGUUCUCCUGCCAUUGGGCUGUUGCGCCCAGAAAUCGUCGAGCACUUGAGACGCGAGAAUGCACGAGAAGGGCACUCUCCACCAUGGGUCUUCGAGUUGCGCGGAGGAAAGGUGCAUGUCAGCUUCUCUGUCGAACUACGGAACGCGGCGGCACGCACUCGUGUCAUGAAGGGGCUUUGCGAGCGGUGGCGCGACGAGGGGCUGUACGCAGACGUGAUCGGCCCGCGCAAGUGGCGGGGCGAGAAGUACCCCGUCUACCGUGACCCGUUCGGGCGACAUGACGCGCCAGCACACGACAGUGACGCUGAUAACGACGACGACGACGGGCGGAACUAUGCGUUUAUGAUGGAGCGCGCUGCGUGUGCGCUCUUCGGCGUCGUGACCUACGGCGUGCACAUGACUAUCUACGAGGAGGACCGGGACGAGGACGGCCUCCCGACGUCCUGCCGCGUGUGGGUCCCGAAGCGCGCGAGGACCAAGCAGACAUGGCCGGGCUAUCUGGACAACACCGUCGCGGGCGGUAUUUCCUCCGGCCUCGGGGUGUUCGAGAGCCUCGUCAAGGAGUCGAUGGAGGAGGCGAGUCUCGCGGAAGGGAUUAUACGAAGGCAUGCACGUGCCGUCGGCACCGUCAGCUAUUUCUUCAGGACAGGGGCAGGCAGGCUGCAGCCAGAGGUCGAGUACCUUUAUGACCUGCGUGUGCCCUCGGGCGCGGAUCGGGAUGCCUACAAGCCCAAGCCCCUCGAUGGAGAGGUCGAGUCGUUCGAGCUCCUCUCGCUCGGAGAAGUGGUCACUCGCAUCCGUGCAGCUCUAUUCAAGCCAAAUACCGCCCUCGUGCUCUUGGACUUCAUGAUCCGCCACGGGUACCUCACCCCCGACGAGGAGCCCGACUACCAGGAGAUCGUGACCCGACUGCACGGUAGGUUCGAUUAUGACAAGUGGUGACCUGAUAGUACGAUAGACGUAAGGUGGGAACGCUUCGGCGGGCAGGAUUCUUCAGCUAAAGGCCUCGGCAUGGGAUUUGCACUUCCUAAGCUCGCUGCAUAAUAGACAUGCGCUAUCCAUAAUUAUCUACGUCAAAGGCAAACCUCCACGCAUGAGCGGUUUGUGGUGCUGCUGUUGUUUAAGGCCUUUUGUCAAUGAGCUCCUGGAGAUCCCUCCUCCUUUUGUCGGCCGCUCAACGGGCUCUAUACGGUCUAUGUGCUCUGGAAUAUGAGCAUGGAGCAUGGAUUGUAUUCGACUGACGUGGGACUGCGCCGCUGCGGAAAGCAUGCACUCCUAAUGAAC